CUGCCAUAGAAACCAGCCUGCCAGGUCCGGGCCCGCGUCGCGCGGCGGUGGCCAUCCAGUCUCCUUUUCCCGGCUCCCCAGAGCCAGCCCCCGGCUCGGGAUUGGUCCUGUUCUGGACGCUGAGGGGCACUGGGCUCUGGUGGCGGAGCCUGGAGCCGACAGGCAGCUGGGUUUGCCACGGCCCUGUGGGUCAGAUCUGCUGCUCAUCACGGCUCGCAGAGCCUUAGGAGAGAGAGAGACCCAGACGUCUGCGCCCGGGGACACCCACGAGCCUGCUCCAGCGCCUGCCACUCUGCGCGCCUAGCCCGGCGGGCCGCACAGCGAGCUCCCCAGGCGGCCUCCCGACUGAGGGUGAGCUGUCAUCUGCCAAAUUUUCAGGACAGCUCAGGGCUUAGAAGAGGGCUCAUCUAAAUAAAGGCCGGCUAAAGUGACAUUGUGCAGAUUUAAUCCUCCGGCUGCCUGUGUGACCAAAGGCUGCUUUGCAAGACUCUUCCUUUCUGGAGUUCGGAUUAUUAAGUCCCCAGGGUCCUGCGACUUGACAGCAAGAAGAAACACAAAAUGAAGGCCAGCGAUGAGUACCCGCUGCAGGGACUCGGGGACCUCCCAGGGGCUUUUACACUCUGGAGUGCAAGACUGCCUGAUUACACAGGGAAAUAAAGCGGAGCCUUUGUCCCCCGUGGCAGCCACCUACCACACAGGGCAUCAGAUUCCGCCUCAGGAGGAGUUAUGGUAACUGGAUGUGCGUCUGGCUGUGCAGGGAGCGCUGGGAAACCCGAGGUCAGAAAGGGCCUGGAGUGAGGCCCCGCUGGGCUGUGCAAGCUCUAUCCAGCCACCCAGUCUUGCAAGGACUUCUUUUUGCUCUGCUCUCAGCACUCUCAGGGACACUGCUCCGGGAGACCUCAGCUCACAUCUACCUCCCUUGUGGCCUCUGCCCGUCCUCCAAGCCGCCCUGACAGUGGCUCUGGGCUGAGAUGGAGACGUGAGCCCGCAUGGACGAUGACUGCAGUGUUUGUGAAUGGAGGCGGCCUGGUGAACACACACUGGGACCGGUGGGACCGGAGGGACAGCGCGGAAAGCAGCAGCGGCCAGGCCGAGUGUGGCCAGGAAGGCGAGGAGGACCAGCCGCGCCAGCUGACCCCCUUCGAGAAACUGACUCAGGACAUGUGCCAAGACGAGAAGGUGGUGAGGGAGAUCACGCUGGGGAAACGCAUCGGCUUCUAUCGAAUUCGAGGGGAGAUCGGAAGUGGGAACUUUUCCCAGGUCAAGCUGGGGAUUCACUCCCUAACCAAAGAAAAGGUGGCCAUUAAGAUUCUGGACAAGACCAAGUUAGACCAGAAAACCCAAAGGCUGCUAUCCAGAGAGAUUUCCAGCAUGGAAAAACUGCACCAUCCCAACAUCAUCCGCCUUUACGAAGUCGUGGAGACCCUGUCCAAACUCCACCUGGUGAUGGAGUAUGCAGGAGGUGGGGAGCUCUUUGGGAAAAUUAGCACUGAGGGGAAGCUUCCUGAACCAGAAAGCAAGCUCAUCUUCUCCCAGAUCGUGUCCGCUGUGAAGCACAUGCAUGAAAACCAAAUUAUCCACAGAGAUCUGAAAGCAGAAAAUGUAUUUUAUACCAGUAGCACGUGCGUGAAGGUGGGGGAUUUUGGAUUCAGCACGGUAAGUAAAAAAGGCGAAAUGCUGAACACCUUCUGCGGGUCUCCGCCCUACGCCGCACCUGAACUUUUCCGAGAUGAACACUAUGUUGGUGUUUAUGUGGAUAUCUGGGCCUUGGGGGUCCUUUUGUACUUCAUGGUGACUGGCACAAUGCCAUUUCGAGCAGAAACCGUGGCCAAACUAAAGAAGAGCAUCCUUGAGGGUACCUACAGCAUACCCCAGCAUGUCUCAGAGCCCUGCCACAGGCUCAUCCGAGGAGUCCUUCAGCCCAUACCCACAGAGAGGUAUGGGAUCAGCUACAUCAUGAACAAUGAGUGGAUGCGUGGGGUGCCCUACCCCACCCCUUUGGAGCCUUUCCAACUGGAUCCUAAACAUUUGUCAGAAACCAGCACCCUCAAAGAAGAAGAAAAUGAGGUGAAGAGUACUUUAGAACAUUUGGGGAUUACAGAUGAGCAUAUCCGGAAUAACCAAGGGAGAGAUGCUCGAAGCUCCAUCACCGGGGUCUACAGAAUCAUUUUACAUCGAGUGCAAAGGAAAAAGGCUUUGGAAAGUGUGCCAAUAAUGAUACUACCAGAACCUAAAGAAAGGGACCUAAAGAAAGGGUCCCGUAUCUACAGAGGCAUCAGACACACAUCUAAAUUCUGUUCGAUUUUAUAAAUUAUAUCAGGCAGCUGGUAACUAACCAUGAACAAAGUUUCUGCUUUUAACUUUUCUCGUAGACAACUUGGAUGGAAACAUUUUUGUAAUUUUUAAAUAAAAUUUAAAUUUGAGAUAAUCAUGCCACCCCGUCCCCAACCAAAGUCUCUUAGCCUGGAUUCUGGCUUGACUUGGGAGUUUUGUUUUCUUGGGAGAAUAUUUUCAGCAUUCAUUUAUUUAACGGAGAAAUACAUGUCAUUAGCACUGUUUCAGGUGCGGAGGAAACAGCCAAAUCAGUCCCUUUCUCUUGCGUGUCGGAAAUUCUAAUAUGCAACAUAUACACUUGCUAGCAACUAUUUUUGUUUUUAAGAGGAAAAUGACAAAGAGUGGGAGAUGCCAUGCAGACUCCUCACAGGACUGUCUCAUUUUAGAAGCACGCCACUUUGGGGUAGACCUUUAAGGAGGGCCACUUUGAGUGAAUGACAGCGUGAGAGCUGAAGGAGUAGCCGCAGUGACUUGAAAAGGGCAAAGAUUGUGCCCAAUAGCCAGGAAUGUAAAUUAGAUCCCUCCGAACAGAACUGAUGACGAAGGCUUUUUCAUGUAGUUUAUUUGGAAGGUGACCCGACAGCAGAGUCGUGAGGGACAGAGGUACAGUAAUAGCUAACACAAAGACGUUACCAGAGUUGGCCAGUGGUAGAGGUGACUGCGGUUCACUCCCAAGGACCUUGAGAAGCAUUGUGUGCAUCGUAUCUCAAGGGUCUGCCCAAGGUAUGGAAGGGGAAAGAUAGAUCAGCCGUCAUUCACCUUUGGGCAAGGGUGGUCAGUGGCAUCACCUGCCCUCCACAUUUCCAGAUAAUGCUGUGUGAGUACCAAGUGGUUUCUUUGUACGUCUCAGGCCUCUGCACCACAGAAGCAUUAGAGCAGGAAGGAAAAGGUCACAGCAUUGGCGUGAGGCAGCGGGACUGCCAAACACGAUCGGUAAGAACCUCUUCAUCUUGCAUGGGAAUGGUUACUGCAUCAGUGGCUGGAGGAGGCAGCAUGGCCGGGAGGGCCUGAAGUGGUGCACAGAUGCUAACACAGCCUAUCUGGAUGCCCUGCUUCACAGGAAUCCCUCUGUUGAAUACAGUCCUGGGAGUGGGUGGUAGCUGGAGGACUCAACACAACGGUUGUGAGAGCUGUAAUGAAGGUUCUCAGACUCCAGCCAGCAGGAUUACUUACUUUGUUUGCCCAGACCAGCAGGUCCCACCUCCAGGCCUUUAGAUUCAGUGGAUCCUGGGGUGGGCAAGAGCUUUAACAAUCAGUGACUUAAAAGUUUGGUGUUCUUUCCAACAACCUAGGCUGAAGUAGAUGAACGGUUUGGGUUGCCAAGGGACAAGGAGGAUGUUUUCACGAGGAGCCCCAAUAAGGGCGCUUGUGAACUAGAAUCUAUGACUAGCAUGGCCUGUAGUUAGUCCUUGACACGGCGUUAAGAGAUUUGAACAACGUUCCAGGUGACGCUGAUGCUGUUAGUUAGGGGCCAAGUUUUGAGGCUCUCUGAGCUACAGUCAUUACUGCAUCCGGUCUGGAGGCUCUAACUGGGCUCUUCACUCCUUCCAUCAGCUACCCUGACUUUUCCUCACAUUUGACCAGCAUUUCAACUGGUUUAUGCCAUGAAAGGAUUCCAGUCCUCACUUGCCUUAUCCUUGGUAGACCAUAAUAGCUGUCAUUGCCUGCUCACAAUACCAUCAUUGGUUCCAAGAGUAAUGCACCAGCAUCUUUUGGGCUCCCAAUGCCUUCUUUAGCUCCUUAUAAUACUUUAGAGUCAAUUAUCCUCAUCAAUAUAACAAUUCCAUUUUUAUCCUGCUUGCCCACUGGCAUGGGUAGCCUAAAUGACCCUUAUUGGGGUUCCUAGUGAAAACAUCCUCCUUGCUCCCUGGGAACCCAAACUGCUCAUCUCCUUCAGACUAGGUUGUUGGAAGGAAUACAAAACCUUUAAGUCACUGGUUGUGAAAUGAGUCUCUCCCUUCCAGCCUCUGGUUCCCACACCUGUGAAUUUGAAUGGCAAAGGACAUAUAAGCCAUUAUUAAAGCAGUACACCAACCCUUCAGGUUACUAAUAGAUCUGGGCCUUAGGCCACUCAGGUUCUGUUUGCAGCUUUGAGGGCUAGGGUAGUGCAAGAGGAUUCUGUAGUCCUUGACACAGUGUUAUCAGAUAUGACAAUGACUCAAGUAUGCUCCAGGACAGCGGUUCUCAACUUGUGGGCUGUGACUCCUUUGAAAGGGUCCAAUGACCCUUACACGGGGGUUGCUUGCCUAGCACCAUCAGAAAACACAGAUAUUUACAUUAUGAUUCAUAACAGUAGCAAAAUUACAAUUGUGAAAAUAAUAUUAUGGUUGGGGAUCCCCCACAGCAUGAGGAACUGUAUUAAAGGGUCCCAGCAUUAGGAAGGGUGAGAACCACUGCUCUAGGAUCUAGCAUGAGUGUUUGGAUGACACACUGCGGGCAGGAAAUGCACACCCAUAGACUGAGCAGGUAUUUCCAAUGAGGAUGAAUUGCUGCUAUGUGUAUUCGAGUUGAUGACUGUGGAUCUGGCUAAUGUCCAGAUCACAACUUGGUGGUCCUGCUUGCUUGCCACCCAGUGCAUUUUGGAUGGCUUUCAUGAAGGCAUCAUCCUUGGGAUGUUUGUUCAGUCUUGCAUUAAUGAAUCCAAACAUUCAUAUCUCAUGGAGUUUCUCAGAAUUUCAAUACUGUUCUAGGGUGGUUCCACCACGGCCACCUCAUUUACCAUUUGUCACAGUCAGAGUCCAAACCUCAUAGCCACGUUGCAGAAUACUAAGACCAGCUUAGAUGGCCCCUCCGAAAGUCCUAGGUAAAUGUUCUCACAAUAAACUCUCCUAUGGCCCAUCUUAUAGUCCCCUGCCUCCACCUUUCGUGACACACUUAAGAUCCGCUUGCAUAUUUGCCCAAAUUGACAGUAUGUAUUAGCCAGCUUCCGCAGUCCCGCCAGUGUCUACCAUUUCCACAUAGACAAGGGUUGUAUUUCUCCACUUCGGCUGCGUUGAGACUUCACUUGGCUCUUGCUCUGGCAAACAAUUGGAAACAUCAGGACAGGAUCUGGAGGCCAAGUGUCAUUACACAGGGAUCUGUCUCGGAAGUCCUGGCAGCGUCUGGACAAGGAGCUGUCCUUGCCCACCAGAGGAAACCAGUUUCGCAGCCUCCCCACCCUCACCUACUGUGCCCCGCCCCCCCUUUGCUUGAAGAUCCGUCCCUCUGCCUUCCUCUCAAACCCUAACUUUCAUAAAGGAGAAUGUUGACAACUCAGCAUUCUCCAACCCUCAGAUGUUGGAGUUCCCCUUAUGCGUGCUUUUAAAGACGUCCGACUUUUAGUAUGCCUUUAAUUGACGGGUGACUGACUUGGGGCUAUCAUUUUGUUGUUUCCCAGGCUUCCUAAGUAGGUAGUAAAAGCUGGUCAAACUCAGUGUUUAUCUUGGGCCCCCAUCUUGUUCAGGUAGCCACAGGAUCCAAUGCUUUGUCCUCCUCCUCCACCUACAGAUGACAAGUCUUAGUAGUGAUGGUUGAUCCUGUGUGUCACAUGUUUCCAUAACCCUGCUUGCCACCACCACAUUCAUGUCCUCCGUGUUUCAACAAUCCCUUUGCCUGGGAGAUUCUAGCCAGCCUCUUACUUCUCACGGAAAAGUGUGUGGGAACAAGGUGAUGCCACAGGAAUCCACAAGCCUCGGUGUUGGUGAAGAGUGCUUGUUCCUGAUAAAAGAACUAGCUAGCACCCAGCUUUAGGAAAAAGCCUGAUAAAUUUGUAAUCCUUUUCAUCAAAUUGAUGCCUUAACAGAAAUAAUUAUGCACAAAGAAUCUCAGGUCAACGAAUGCUUCCUGCAAUCAAGGACAAAACAAAACAGAAAAACAGAGGAACCUUAAACUUAAGAGCAGCCCUUCGCCGGGCGGUGGUGGCACACGCCUUUAAUCCCAGCACUCGGGAGGCAGAGGCAGGCGGAUCUCUGUGAGUUCGAGGCCAGCCUGGACUACCAAGUGAGUUCCAGGAAAGGCACAAAGCUACACAGAGAAACCCUGUCUCAACCACCCCCCCACAAAAAAAAGAGCAGCCCUUCAAAAGUCUGAAAGAAAUUUAUUUUGACAUUAAGAUCAAAUGAUUUCUGCUGGCACAGUGGUACAUGCCUGUAAUCCCAGCAUUUAGGAGGUGGGCCAGGGGAAUCAGGAGUUCAAAGCUAGCUUACAUGAGAAGAAACUUAAUGUCUUGAAGAAAACAAAAAUAAAAUAUUUUAAAAUGAAAGAUCCUGCUACCAUCUUUGCUACACCAACUUCUGUCUCUGUUUUCAGAAGACUCCCAAGUAGCAGACAAUAAAUGGACUUCCAGUUAGGUCACAGGAGGAUCACAAGUAACUUUUUCUAUCUAGUGUGAAGCCCAAACUUGAAUGUUUGUAAAAUUAAAAAUCCAGAAACCUCCCCCCCCCCCCCAAAAAAAAAACAACAAAGCAGAUUCCCCACAGGACACGGAGAGGUAUAGUUCUUAGGAUCCUAGACUAUGUAAGAAAAGUGACCUGAGAACACUGGACUCUAACUCAGAGUGCUAGGACACUGGGCCAGAAAAUAAAGUAUUAAUAUUUACUGAAUCUAGAUCCAAACUGAUAACCUGAGCUGUCCCGUACUAGAAAAUAAUCAGCUGUGUUUCCUAAUUCAGAGAGUCCUAGAAGGGGCGAUAAGACUACACGCGGGCAACACUGUAUUUCUGGCAUACGCAGAGUGCAUUGCUUACCAGGUUGGGAAAUGUUUGAAGAAUAAGCAAAUGAGUGAUGACGAACUUAAGGCUCACAUUUAAAAAUAGCUUUUUGCUGACUCCAUGCCCCAACUGUUGGUUCAAAGAAGAAAAGAACACACAAAUAUCUGAAAUAUUGUCUAAAACUUUAUUUCAAAGUUAUCCAUCUCGCUAUGAGUAAGCUGUGUGGUUAAUGCUCCGUGCCAAAAUCGCCAGGCUUGCCCAUUGCCGGCAAUGGACUCUGAGAAAACCCACUUCUUGGCACCCAAACAUUAAAUUACUCUUUUCCAAACAUACAGAACUCUCAAUACUUGCGAAAGAAUUACAUGCACCACUUCCCCACCAUUCUUUAAAUCUGAACUUACAUUAUUCUUCUAUAGCAGUGGAUGUUAAAAUGAAAUCAUCUUAACCAAUUAAAACUGUACAAAUCAAAAUCCUACUGGUUAAUAGUGACAAUAUUUUACAAAUGCUACAUUACAUAUUACUUUGCAAUCUGAAACAUCACACAUUUAUGUGUUUAUUUUAGAUAACUGAAACUUCACAGAAUCGAACAGCAAAUAAAGUUAAAAAAAUUUAGUUCUGUACAUUAGUUCCAACUAUCUCUAUUUUACAGUCUAUGAGGCUCAUGUCAUUGUUCAGCACCAAAAUCACCCAGAGAACUUUCUAAUGAAUUUUCUUAUUCAUCUCUUGUGGUAGUUUUUUGUUGUUUUAAAAGUGAAAGUUAAGGAAAAAAUGUUGUGAGUUCUACUUCUAGAUCUUGAAGAGAAUAUUUCUUUUGGCUGGUCAGACUAUGUGAAAUUUUCACUAUGUGAAAAUGUGGGUUAUAUUUUCUUAUUUUCAUUGGACAGAUAAAAAAACAAACAAAACACAGAAAUACACAAACCACACAGAAAAAAAUGUGUCUGGUGAACUUAAGCUGUCAGCCUAUAAACUGGACCUGUAACACUGUGACCUAAUAAUGCCCUGCCCCAUCCCUCCUACUGGACAUCUGAUCCUUGCCAGGAGGGGCUUAGGACUGCAGCAAGCUCCCUCACACCAGCCACCAGGAACCGGCUGGACCCAGUUCCCCAGCUGUGUCCACAGCGCCCAGGUGAACCUGGGCUGUGGCAGAGGCCUGCUCAGAGCCAGCAUCCUUUUGCUCACGUGAUCACGGCUAACCUUUCUCACUGAUGCUUCCUCCAGAUCCUAGGACUUGUCUCUCUUCAGGAUUUACAAGUCUUCGAAAAAGAUAGCAUUUGCCUUGCCAUUUUCAAGCAGGGUUUGUGCGUAACAUUUAAAUUCCACAAUCCCCAACCUAGAAAAGUUUUUCAAAAGCUACAGGUACUUUUAUUUGUUAAAGUAUAAAAUUCUUACACAAUAAAAAAAAAAAAAAAAAAAACACCCAAUUUUUCAAA